AUGCAUUACUCAUAUGCUUAUGGUGAUGCUGGUAUAAACAAACUGAAGACCUUCCAGUGGAACAAGAUGUGGAGAUGCACAAAUACUUACUAUUCCGUGACAGUUGACUACAGUAUUCAGUACAGUAAUGUGCUGUACAGGUUCUCUGCUGCAAACCCUGAGACUCCAAACUCAACUAUCUCAAGAGAGGCCAGCACCCAGUCCUCAUCGGCUACAACCAGCCAAGGCUAUGUUUUACCAGAAGGCAAAAUCAUGCCAAACACCAUUUUUGUUGGUGGAAUUGAUGUUAGGAUGGAUGAAACCGAAAUUAGAAGUUUCUUUGCUAGAUAUGGUUCAGUAAAAGAAGUGAAGAUAAUCACGGAUCGAACUGGUGUGUCCAAAGGCUAUGGAUUUGUUUCAUUUUAUAAUGAUGUGGAUGUGCAGAAGAUUGUAGAAUCACAAAUAAAUUUCCAUGGUAAAAAGCUGAAACUUGGCCCUGCAAUCAGGAAACAAAAUUUAUGUGCUUAUCAUGUGCAGCCACGUCCUUUGGUUUUUAAUCCUCCACCACCACCACAGUUUCAGAGUGUCUGGAGUAAUCCAAACACUGAAACUUACAUGCAGCCUCCAACCAUGAUGAAUCCUAUUACUCAAUAUGUUCAGGCAUAUCCUCCUUAUCCAAGUUCACCAGUCCAGGUCAUCACUGGAUAUCAGCUGCCUGUAUAUAAUUAUCAGAUGCCGCCACAGUGGCCUGUUGGGGAACAAAGGAGUUAUGUUAUACCUCCGGCUUAUACAGCAGUUAACUACCACUGUAAUGAAGUUGAUGCAGGAGCUGAAGUUUUGACAAGUGAAUGCUCAGUUCAUGAAGCUACUCCAUCUUCUGGAAAUGGCCCACAAAAGAAGUCUGUGGACCGAAGCAUACAGACGGUGGUAUCUUGUCUAUUUAAUCCAGAGAACAGACUGAGAAACUCUGUUGUUACUCAAGAUGACUAUUUCAAGGAUAGAAGAGUGCAUCAUUUUAGAAGAAGUCGGGCAGUGCUUAAAUCGGUUUGA